AUGUGGCUGCCACACCCUCGACACUGGAUCAACUUCGUGUUACUUCUUCACGAACAUGCUUGGUGUGGCACAAGAGGCGUGUCAAAUAUGAUUUUAAUAAGAUUUAUCGGAUGUAACUCAACAAAUGUUUUAGCUCUUGGUUCCCUAGAGCCGUUUUCCCUUCCAGCCGCUCUUUCGCGACGAAUAUGGAAGAGACCCUCCGAUGUUUCUAGAGCUUUCCGUCACUUGGUACCUUCUCAUCCAGUUUUUGAAUCUGACUGCAGAGGUAUUACGCUCCGUUUGCUGCCGCUGUCGUUUGCUGGCGAUGGCGGCGGGGUGGGAGGUGGCGGCGGGGUGGGAGGUGGUGGGAUGGAUCGUGUUGGAGGAGAUGGUGGGAGGGAUGGUGUGGGAAGGCUGGUGUUGGAGGUGGUGGUGGCGGGGUUGGAGGUGGUUGGAGGUGGUGGGAGGGAUGGUGUUGGAGAUGGUGGCGGGAUUAGAGAUGGUGGGAGGGAUGGUGUUGGAGGUGGUGCUCCUGGAAAUGGCGGUGGUGUUUCUGGAUGGUUUAGUGAUGGAGAGGAUGGUGGUGAUAGAGAUAGUUCUUGUGUUGGAGAUUGUGGCGGUGAUUUGGGAGAUGGCGGUAGCGUUGGGGAUGGUAGUGGUGCUUUAAGAGGUUUUGGAGAUCUUUGUGUUGGAGUCGUGGGGAGAGAUGAUGGUGUUGUUGGAGGUAGUGAUGACAGUGUUGGAGAUAGCGAUGGCAGUGUUGGAGAUAGUGGAGCUGCGUGGCAUUUCACCAGAAAUGCUGAUGUCCUCGUUGCAGCGGCUGUUCUGGAGAUGGUGGCGGCGUUGGAGAUAAUAUUUAGCUCAAGAAGGCGGUGUGUUGGCGAGAAAGCUGCUGCCCUGGAUGCUGGCGAUACCGCUGGUGUUGGAGAAGGUGCUGGUAGUGGUAGUGGUGGCGUAGUGAGGCAUCUCGCCGCUGUUGGUGGAGAUGUAAGUGGUAUUGGUGCUGGAGAUGAUGUUGGUAUUGCGGGUGGUACUGGUCCCUGA